CAACCCUAUUUUUGUGCAAAAUGACUUUCCUGGGAAGCCUGUUUGCUGCAGUGGAGCUGAUGGCAAAGGGAAGGAGAGAGAGACAAGAACCUGGAUCCUUGCAAAUCAAAUAAAAUCAAAUAGAAGAUCCACCUGAGCUGCACAGCGGAGGAACCCACUGGCAUCUCUCUCUCCGGCUUGAACAGACUCAGCCCUGCGAAAAGGAGAUGAUGAUGGGGAUGAUGAUGGGGAUGAAAGCCUUGUUGUGCCUCUUCCCGCUCCUCGCCUGCCUCGCCCUCGCCUCCCAAAAGAUCCCCCGCCUGAAGCUGACGCCCAAAGAUGCUUUGCUCUCGACGUUCUCUGAGAAGGACAGUCCGAAGCCCAUGUUCCACGAAGCGGGCUCCAACCAGGUCCUGAUCGGAGGCCAAGGAGCACUAUGGCUCCUGACUUUUACGGGUUCGGCGGUCAUUCAGAAGAAGAUCCCUCUGAAGGCCGACGAGAAGGCGGAGAAGGAUUGCAAAAAAAGGGCGACAUUAGGAGAGGACGACUGCGAGAACACCAUCCGGCUGAUCAAGAAGCUGGACUACCGGAUCAUGGUCUGCGGGACCAAUGCCGGUUCCCCCAAAUGCUGGUUCCUGGUGAACCAGACUUUGCAGCAGGACAAGGAAGGCCACGUUGUCACGCUCUCCGCGGACAACAUUGUCCCGCCGCUGCUAUCCCAGGAAGCUGUGGCCGUUGCCAUCGAAGGGAACCUUUAUUCCGCUGUGUCGGGGAAGAAAGGUAUGAUCCAGAGAAGCUACGGAACCAAGAAAGGCAUCAAGACGGAAGACAGCUGGCUGGCCAAAUCGGAAUUUGUCGGUGCUGCCCUGCUUCCUGAGGACGAUCAGAGGAAAGACGAGAUCUUUUUCUUCUACAAUGAUGUCAACGAAUCGGCCGGACUGGACAAGGAGCCCUACAGAGCUCACCUGGGACGGGUCUGCAAGGUGGACCAAGGCGGGAAGCCCAUCCUGACCGACUCCUGGAGCACCUUCCUCAAGGCCCGACUCGUGUGCGGACACCCCAACGAGCCCAUGCGCUUCCACCGCCUCCGGGGCGCCUUCGUCUUCCGAAAGGAGGAGAAAGGCGAGGCCGUUCUCUAUGGCGUCUUCUCCAGCACUUGGGGUUCGUCGGCCGUUUGCUCGUACUCGAUGAAAAGAGUCAGCUCCCUCUUCAAGACAUCCGGCUUCAAAGGGUUUUCUGGAAGCUUACCCAACCCCAGACCUGGAACGUGCGUCCCGCCAGAAUCCACCCACCUUUUGCCCAGCCGGACUUUGUCGUUCAUUAAGGAGCACCCCGAACUGGACGUGGUGAUCUACCCCGACGAAGAGCGUCCCCUCUACGUCCUCCAGAAUAACGACACAUACACCCACGUGGUUGUGGACCAGGUGCGGGACGCCAGCAACGUGUCCUACGAUGUCCUUUACCUGGGGACAGCCAAAGGGAAGAUCCACAAAGUGCUCCGAAGCAAAGACCAGACGGUGAUCAUCGCCGAGAUCAGUCCCUUCAAGGAACAAGAGCCCAUCUCUUCAAUGAUCCUAGAUGCCAGCACGAGCCACUUGUACGCCGACACCAAAGCGGAAGUCACUCGCCUGCCGCUGGCUGACUGCGAUCCGUACAGUGAAAACUGCUGGAAAUGCGUCCUGGCCCGCGAUCCGUACUGCGGGUGGGAUAUGGAUGGGAGGAAAUGUUCAGCCGUAUCCCAGGAUGAAAGCCACACUGGCAGGUUGCUUCAAAGCUUGGACUCCACAAAUACAACAUACGUGUGCGAAGCUGCGGAAGCCAAACUAGCCCAAGAGGCUCUGAAGAAGGUGAGUGUGGACCCCACCAGCUACAUCUACCUGCCGUGCCCGUUGAGAUCCCACCACGCCAUCUACACCUGGGUCAAAGACGACAAGACGUACCCCUGCGCCAUGGACGAGCAGUCCUGCACCCUGCGCUUCGGGGAGAGCACCCCCAUGGACCAGGGGGUCUUCAAGUGCACUGCCAAGGAGGAGGGCUUCCAGGAGGAAAUCACCGCCUUCAAAGUCACGCUCAACGCCGGCAGGGUCUCGGAGGUCUCCUUGAUCGCGGUGGGUGCCGGCAUCGUGUUCCUCACCAUCACCAUCCUCUUACUAUAGGCCGCUUCGAUACGGAGCCGCUUCGAUCUCAUCACACUGCCAACUCCGACGUUUCCCCCUUUGAAAGAAUCGGACCGUUCGUUUGUUCCUGCACCAAUCGCCUUGGAUGAAAACGCGCUUCACGCCACAAAGCGGGAUUCUCCGUCGCUCCCGAAUCCGCGGCCUUUUUUUCUUUACUCUCACCGAUUCCUUUGUGGUCUUUUGUUUGGAGUUGCAGCCCAGUCCUAGAAUUUAUUUUUGAAACACGGUUCUCCAAAUGGAGACGCCAUCGUUCUUGAAUCGGGACGUUUUGACCACACGUAAACACAAAUGUUCCAGCACCAAACUCCGACGUUUUCCCCCUUUGAAAGAAUCGGACCGUUCGUUUGUUCCAGCACCAAACGCCUUGGACGAAAACGCACUUCACGCCACAAAGCGGGAUUCUCCGUCGCUCCCAAAUCCGCAGCCUUUUUUCUUUACUCUCACUGAUUCCUUUGUGGUCUUUUCUUAGGAGUUACAGCCCAAUCCAAGCAUUAUUUUGUCAAAAAAAUAACUCCCUUAUUUAUUUGACCAACAGUUUUGGAAAACGCACAUAUUCAAGUUGCACUUCGCACACGACAUGUUACAUAUCUGUUGUGGAUCGUGUUUGUAACGCCCCAAGGCUUUUUGCAUGUGCUUCACCGUGGGCAAAUUGUUACCGCUUGCCGGCACAAAAAUAGGUUAUGGACCAACCACGAAGGAGUCAAAUUAUGUGGCAUAAUAAAGCUUCCAGCUGUCAACUACCAUCGGGAGCAAGAAUGAGCCGAUUCUGCCUUGUUUCAUCUGCCUUUGUCCGAAUGAACACUUUCGGCGGCUUCGACCUGUCGCCGAAUGCCAGUUAUUCAGGUCGAAAGUGUGCCAUCGUAAAGACUCCGCUUAUAUAAUCUCGUAUCCUAAAAAAGCAUGCCGUCGAUACAUCGUAUCCCAAGAAAAAUCCUUGAAACGGUGGACCGAGCAGAGAAAAAUUGGUCACGAAGAAAGGAAAAGAAUACAGAUUUGGACAGAACGGAGCCAAUACGGGUGCAAGAAGCUUGUGUUCGAGCCAUGAGAUCUUUGGAGAAGACGGGAGAAUUGUGGGUUGCAGUACACACUUUGUGUAUUUGCAGUACACAAAUAUAAUUGACUAGGACGUUAAAAUGUAUAUACCAAUUCCUCGGGAAGAAUAGUGGAAGAAAGCCAUUGCCUCCAAGCCAAUGACAAGACAAGACUGGUUCCUCUUCAAAGACAAAUCACUUAUUAUAAUGGGGAGCAGUUUAAAACUUUCUUGUUUACAAGGGAGAGUGGGUCCAUUAUGUUGCAUGACAUUCCAUUCACACGCUUGCACACGUCUCCUCUAUUACGACAGACAGUAAGUGGAAUGGAGCAGGGUCAAUGGGAUGUAUAUUUAAGACCGUGAUAUAAAAGAUUCCCAAAAACGA